CUGAGGGAUGCCGGUGGAAAAAAAGUAGGAGAAGGUGAAGAAAUUUGAGAGAUGAGACUUGGAAAUAGGUGUAUUUACAGGACACAGCAAUGGACACUUGGUCAGUUGAUCAGGUCUGUAGUUGGUUGGUGGAGAAAAACUUAGGAGAGCUAGUUCAUCGGUUUCAAGAGGAAGAGGUAAGCGGGGCCGCUCUUCUGGCGCUUAAUGACAGGAUGGUUCAGCAACUAGUAAAGAAAAUUGGACAUCAGGCUGUUCUGAUGGACUUAAUUAAGAAAUAUAAGCAGAAGAGUCAAGGACUGAAGUCCCCUGGAAGCCCUAGAGAAACAACCCUGGUCACACAAGCAGAAGUGAGCCCAGAGAAUGAGCAGUCCUCCCAUCCAGCCAACCAUGGGGAGCAGAUGCCAUCUUUCCAUCCAACUGAAAACCUUGAUAAUAGACUAAUUGACCAAAGAGUACUGAAACAAAGAAGGAAUGCAAAACAUGUUCGAGCAAGGAAUAAAACAUUACAGUGGAUUACGUCCUAUGUUUUACCAGAGUUUCCCUAUGAUGUCAAAUGCAUGUUAGCAGAACAGAAGUGUCCAGAUCACAGCAUGAGGAUAAGGAUCAUUGAGUUUCUCCAGGCUGACAUGACUAAGUAUCUGGAAGGCUCCCUGUAUCCCACCACCCAACAGUAUAACGAUGUGGUCAACGCCCUGCUGCAGGCCCACCCUUUCCUGGAUGAGGACGGCUGUGGCUUUUUUUUAUGGAAACGUGCCCUCAAAGAUCGCUUUAAAUAUGUUCGACGACCCAUAGAAGAUGAUGAGCAAGUGAUGAGAAAUAAGUGCAAGUUCGGACACCGAAGAGGCCAGACAAAGAAAUCUCUUGCUGAUAUAAGAUUUGAUGAGAUUAAAAUUGUCCAGAUAAAAGAAGAAACUGUUUGUUUAGAUUCUGAAGUAGACAAUGAUAUUAACUGGUUACAGCAAGAAUAUGUGAAAAGAGAAAAGGACUGGAGAGAAAUUGAUAGGAGGAUGAGCCAGACACUGGAAAUAAGAAGAAAGCUGAUUGGCAGCAGAACACCUCUGAAGGACAUUCUUAAAAUGUUUCCUUUCUUGAAGUGCCCUUACCAGCUGUUCAGAGAAUUCCAACUUCUUACAAGGAUAGAUAUUUAUAAGAAAACAAGGCACAUUUUGGAAUCCUAUUCAGAGACUAUACUGACUUCUUUUUCAGUGGUGGACAAUCCAAUCAACAUUGCAUUGCAAGAAAAAAUGAAACGGCACACAGAUGAGGACAUGUUGAAAUAUAUGAAGAUGACAGCCACAUGUUUACUUCUACCAGAUGUUUUUGGGGACGAUCCCAGCCUUUUUGUCAUUGUGAAUGAGAAGGUGCAAGUGUCCACACCCGUGUUAGAAGUUAAGAAUCCUUUCAACAUCGAUGACUGUGAAUUUUCUUUGUAUUUAGAAAAAGAGAGGCUCACAAUGGUGGAGGACUGUGUUACAGCCAUGGCUGCCCUCAUAGCUGCCUUUCCUGUAUUUGGGAUUGAGUGUCCAAGAAGACUAUCCCAAACCCUCAACUUCCUGGACACACUGAUUUUUGAUAUGCACAGUCCCUGUUUUCCUUGUAUGAAAGAAAAGGAAAAGGAAGUUGGGUUUCAACACCUAGCCACUUAAUAGCAUGCUAAAUAUUAUAUCAGACCUGACCCCUGGGACAACUGAAACUUUGUAAACAAUUGUUUUGAUUUAGGGUCAUAGAGAUAGGUAUUAGAAAAUCAUCUUGUCUCAAAGAUGCAAAUGAAUUUCCAUGCCUUCUAUCUUUAUACUUAAAUGCUUUGUGGAAUUCUGUAAUAAAAUACUACUCAAUUAAAGAGCUGUUUAUUUUGAUUUGCUUCUAAGAAACCCCACGGUUCAGAUUACAUGAACAAGGAUGCAUUGGUUUUUAAAAGACACUACACUUCAGAUUUACUCAAAUCCUUCAGAAUAGGGUAUGCAUGAACUUGCACUUAACCCACAGUACUCACUUUGAAAGACUUAAUGCCCAGCAGCUGCACAUUUGUGGCUAUGGGCCGCCUCUUUGGCCUGUACAUUGCUCGGAACCAUUUUGAACUUGGACAUUUUAAGAAGAUGCACAUACUCCUCAGUUCUUUCUCCCAGCUGACCUGCCUGGUUCCAGGUGUUUUGUUCCCAUCAGUCAUGUUAGCUGAGAGCAGGGGCUGCUUCAUUCCUGGUCUCCACGCUGCGGGCCGACCUAGCUGGCAGAUGCUGACUGUCUGGGAGCUGUGUCAUACCCCCUACCCCUCUCUCUUGAGAUGCACUGAUGCACCUGGUUCCUGUCCCCCCAUGUGGCCUCUCAUUUCCCUGGCCUUGCCUUCAGCUGUCCGGGUCUGCUCUGGUUGCCACUCGGGCUGGUUUGCAUCUUUAGUACACCCUGGCUUUCACUCCCAGGGCCACUUGUUAUAUGUAUUCAUAAAGUGGGCUAAAGAAAAACAAUGCUUUUUUUCAAAUUGUCCAAAAUUUCCAAAAUAUUUUCCGGUAUGUUUACUGAAAAAAAUCCACAUAAGUGAAUCCCCACAGUUCAAACCCAUGUGGUUCAACAGUCAACUGUACUGCAAAAUACUUAUUCCAUAACCUUUUUCUAAGGACUGUUCAUUAUGAUGCUUAAGUCAGUGAGAUAGAAGAAAAUGAAGGAUCAGCUGCCCAUCUCUGCAAUAUAUAUUCACUAUAAAGACAGGACUGGACAGGAAGAGUAAUUCGGAGUGUGUCAUUUGCAUAAGCCAAGUCCUUAUUCCGCAGUUCCCAUUUUCCUUCCUUUCCCUAGCAUGUGCCUUUAGUUCCUUACAAACUUGUCUUUAUUUCCCCCAAUUAUUCCCUACUCCCCCAUUUUUGGUUUCACAAUCUUAUUUCUCCUCCUAAAUGAAUCUACCAAAUUCUCAAAGAUCCUUCCCCUUGGGAGGAACACACCGUCUCUAUGGCUGAAGCUGAACCAAGGUCUCUCUCUAUUCCUUUAGAGCAGAGCAGAGAUCAGGCACAGAGCUGCAGGGAAAC